ACUCUAACCUUGAAAAUAGUGACAACCCUAUGGACAAUUAACAAGGCGUCGGAUUUAUUGCUACGAUCUAUCUACCCAGACAUGAGACGCACUACACCUAGGGGGCCAAAACUGCCCUCGUCUCUGCUCGACAGAUUGAGCGUCAGAGCUUACAGCAAUAGCCAAAACUCAUAUCACCGCAAACACGACUGGAGUACGGGUCAAAAAGGGCAGCGGAAAGCUCUCAGAGAUCUCCAAAAAGGUCAUCGCUCUCAAGAGCAUAGAUAUCGAUCUGAGCCUGGUAAAGCCAUACUAAGUUCAGAAUCUCCUAGAAGCAAUCAAGAAACCAGUAACGAGGACCUGAAAUCCACACCCGCAUUGGAUGUGAAGAUAAAAGUGUCUGGAUCGGCUCAUGAACAAAAUCCGAUACCACAAGAAAGGAGAAAAGCCAACUCGAGACAGUCAGACUGUCCUCCACUUUCACUCACGGUGAAGGCAAAACUAAACGAAGACGACGCAGAAAUUGCAUUUCUAGAGAAAAAACUGGGGUUGAAAGGAAAAAAAAAACGCUCUCGAGUGUUUGAUGAUGACUUUGGCGAUUUGUUGGACGGUUUGGAUGAGUACGUGGACGGCACAGUCGAGAAACGAAACCGCACUAAUUACAAUGACUUUCUGUUCGACAAGAGAAAGCGAAUGCGAACGUCUGAUAAUUAUCUGGAAACUGAUAGCUCGGAUUGUGAGCGUUCAUCGCAGGAAGAGAGCUGCGACCUAAACAUCACUGCCAAAAAUGAGAUAGAUGACAGUCCCAAUUACAAUUUGGUGAUGGGUGUAAAGAAAGACUGUAUUCAGGAAGUCGAAUUCCGAGGGUUUGGUGAGCUGGAGCACGAAGCUUUAAGCCACAAUUCUAAUAACGAUGAUGUCAACAAGAUCGGGAGUGGAGGCUCUACUGUGAAGGAAGAGCAGCGUGAUGGGCGUCGACGCGAAAACCCUUACGUUCCACCCGUUUCUGCCAUGGCAACGGAGGAGAAAUACAUACCACCAUUACUGCGGACAACGGCAGCCACAGGAGUCGAGGAUCUGACAAAACUUCGACGACUUUUGCGUGGACUCGUAAACCGUCUAUCAGAAAGCAACAUGCCUAGCAUUCUACGUGAUGUUGAGAAUGCAUAUGCAAAUAAUGCAAGACAACAUGUAUCUACCAUUCUAGUGGAUCUUUUGUUGGACAUUUUGCAUGACCGCACGGCUCUUAUGGACACCUUUAUCAUCCUACAUGCUGGCUUUGCCGCUGCCACAUACAAAUUAAUUGGAGCUCACUUUGGGGCGCAACUUCUAGAGCGCAUCGUCUCUGAUUUUGAUACAGUAUAUACUGCGGAGCUGAAAUCUUCCAGUAACUCGAAGGAAACCACAAAUCUUAUAGCCUUUCUUGCACAGCUCUACACAUUCCAGCUUGUUGGGAGUAACGUCAUAUUCGACUAUAUCCGCCUUUUUUUGGCUGAUUUGUCUGAGUUGAACACAGAAUUACUCCUUAAAAUUGUCAGGAAUUGUGGUCCUCAACUUCGACACGAUGAUCCUUCUUCACUAAAAGACAUCGUUGUCCUUCUUCAGCGAUCUGCAGCGGAGGCCACCGCAACAAAAUUGCCCACGCGCACGAAGUUCAUGAUUGAAACCAUCAACGAUCUCAAAAACAAUCGGCAGAAAUCUGGCAGCAUCUUGUCCGUAGCUGCGGAGCACACUGUACGCAUGAAGAAAAUAUUAGGCACAAUGAACACAAGGUCCAAGGCCAACGAGCCUCUCGGCGUUGGCCUAUCUGAUAUAAGAGGCUCUUCGAAGGAGGGUAAGUGGUGGCUUGUAGGCGCAAGCUGGAAGAACGAUUUACGGAAAUCAAGCGCGACUACCGGAGAAGAUCAUAUAUGCCAGGAUAAUGGUUCACAAGAACGCUUAUACUCUACCGAUUUCGAUACAAAUUUCCUCGUCCUUGCUAAAGAGCAGCGCAUGAACACAGAUGUUCGCCGCACAAUAUUUAUCAACAUUCUCUCCGCUUCUGAUUACAAAGACGCAUGUAUGCGUUUGAAUAAACUCAAGCUGAAGAAAACUCAGGAGCUUGAAAUCCCGGCGGUUUUGAUCCAUUGUGCAGGGGCUGAGAAAGGUUACAAUCCGUACUACACACUUAUUGCAAAGCAACUAUGCACUGAACAUCGCUACAAAUGGGCAAUGCAGUACUGUCUUUGGGGCCUGUUUAGGCGCAUGGGCGAAAAGAAUACAUCUACAGAUGACAGUGAUGGGGAGCAAGAUAAUGAUGACGACUGUGUGGACCUAAGGAAGAUUGUAAACCUAGGAAAGAUGUAUGGGCAACUUAUUGCUGAUGGCGCACUGUCCUUGACUUCUCUCAAGGUGCUAAAUUUUGCAUACUUGCAAGCAAAAACGACAACUUUUCUGGAGAUUCUUCUUGCAACCGCUCUAUCCCAACUAUCAUGUCGCAUUAAAAUGGCCGCUUAUGAUAGCAACAGUCUGAGGUCUGUCAUUACUACAAUGUUUUCGAGUGCCAAAGAAACACCCCAGGUUAUCAUGGGUCUUCAGCUCUUUCUAUCAAGGCAGAUGAAGGUUGAAGACUUAGGUUUAAGCGAAUCUAUCUCUAAGUCGCUCAGAGAAGCCAUUAGGGUCACAAAAAAAGUCCUCUCAGACUUAUCAACAUCCUGAUUGGACGCCGGGGUUGCCUGUAUGUGCAGACCUAGAGUGUAAGGGGUUGAUGUAGGCGUGAUAUCAAGAUGGGAAGCAGUAUAUCUGGAUUAGGUGUCAAGACUGGCGACUAAGGAAGUAAACUGAGCUGAGUGCUAUACUUGGUAUAAAUACCCCUCUUUUAUGACUAUUAAUAAAUAGAUUUUCUUUUAUAGCUUCUUUAUAGGCCAUAUAUUUAGCUUCAUAGCUACUUAUAGUAGGGGUUUUUUAAAGUUUGGAAAGCUAUAUUAUAAGUGCUGAUUAUACUAUUUGAUUUUCUUUACAAGGUUCUUAUAUAAAGAAAAAAAUAUAUAGC